AUGGCGCCCAUACUUACGACUCCCUCUCUUCCUCGCCGCUACUGCCCUCUCCCUCCUGCUGCUGUCCCUCAUCCCUUACCUUUCCUUUCCCUACCCUACGCGUCAUCUGCUCCCCUCUCUCCCUCUUGGACCGCCUCUCCCUUUUACCGCUGGACCUCUCCUCCUAUCACGCUUGUGCAGUCUCACCAGCGUCGCCAGUCCCCUGCCCCGCCAUCGCUUUCCGUCGCGGCUCCUGGUGCUGACGCUUUUCCCUCUGCUCUCAAUGUGACCAUGCCUUCUCAUGCUAGCAUUCUUGGUGCUUCUCCUCUCAUGGACCCUCGCUUUGCCAUGCCUCUUCUUCCUUCUGCUCCUAGGGUUGUCUCUCCAUAUUCCUGCUCCACGGUUGCUGCUCUCUCUCUCCCUCGCACCUUGGACUUUGUCCUCAAGAGUGGUGCUACGAACUCUGUUUUUCGUGAUGCUGGUGUUCUUCGUUCCUUUCCCCGCCCUCUCUUUAUUCAUGGAGCUGGGGAGACCAUGACCCUGACAUGCACCGGCACUUCCUCUCUUCCCUGUCCUGCCUCCCCCUCUGGCGUAGUCAUUAGCCUCUAUGUUCCCUCCUGUCGUCAUAACCUUCUCUCCCUCUCCGCCCUCCAAUGCCUUGCCUCUUGA